AUGCAAGGGAACGCGGUGCCUCCUCCACCGCCACCUCCGCUUCAGACACCUUCAAAAGGAUCCACACCUCCACCAUUACCUACCCCCUCCCCCUCCCCCUCCACUCAAUGUGCCAAUGGGAAGAAAAGCAAGGUCGGCGCCUCGUGUGGUGGAAAACAAGGAAUGGCCAAUGCGCUAGCGAAAAUGACAAAGAGAUCGGCAUACUUCCAACAAAUCGAGGAAGACGUCCAAAACUAUGCGACAAUUAUAAAAGAGUUGAAGGGUACCAUCAUUUCUUUCAAAACCAAGGACAUGGCUGAGCUGCUCAAGUUCCACAAUCAUGUAGAGCCUCACCUCGAAAAGUUGACUGAUGAAACGCAGGUCUUGGCGAGGUUCGAAGGAUUCCCCACAAAGAAGUUGGAAUCAUUACGAACAGCCGCAGCACUGUACUCGAAGUUAAACUCUAUUAUCGUCGAGUUGCACAACUAUAAAAUCGUGCCUCCCUUGGAAAAGCUCCUCGACAAGGUCGAGUGCUACUUCAACAAGAUCAAAGGAGGACUUGACAAACUCGGGCGCACAAAAGAUGAAGAGGCCAAGAAAUUCUCAGCCUGUGACAUCCAGUUCGACUUCGAUAUACUCGUAAGGAUCAAGGAAGCAAUGGUGGAUGUAUCUUCAAGCUGCAUGGAACUGGCACUUAAGGAGAAGAGGGACGCCAAGGCGAAUGAGGAUUUAAAUGCUGGAACAGAAGCGAACAAACGAGGACAGGCAUGCACAAAAAUGCUCUGGAGGGCUUUUCAGUUCACGUUCCGGGUGUACACAUUUGCUGGUGGCCAUGACGACCGUGCCGACAAGCUCACUAGAGAGCUGGCUCAUGAGAUCGAGUCUGAUCCGCAGCACCAGUGAACCUGUCAAUCUAUAUUUAGCCAAUUAAAUGACAAGUUUUAGGCUAUUCAGUGUAUCUUAUUGGAGAGUCCUUUUUUUGUGGCUUAUAUAUAAUCCCUCUUUUGAGAAAUUCCAGUAAUCUCUUACUAGAUUUCUUGAGGACACCAGUUUAAAAUAUGCCAUUCCAAGACUCUCUGGCAGAGAUACAAGCUAAACUUAAGGUUUGCUCCAUGUUGGAUAGA